UAUCUUGGGUUGAAAGAUGGCGCGUUGAUGCCUGCGAUACUCCUUACAACAUGCUCUGCGCCAUCCUCCGCAGGAGUCCACGCCUCACCUUCCGCCAUUUUUCCACGUCUCAACCCCGUCACGAGAUCAAAGACAUCGGCUCUUUGUCUCAGCGCCUAAUACCAAAAUACCAAGAAUCCUGCGACGGGGAGCUCCUGUGUCUCCAGUGGCCAGCACCGCCGCGAAAUAUCUUCCUGGUACGCAAAGACUGCGCCCCAGCAGUUACCGAUUCUCUGAUUGAAUUCGUCAAUCAUGUUUCCUCUACAUACCCAUCUAUCGCGGUGAUUCUCGAGUCAAAGACUGCCGCGGAAGUACAUUCGUCGCUCUCUUUCCCUGUCUACUCGGUUUCUCUCGACGAGAAAACGACCGCGCUUCACGAUAAAGUUGAUCUCACGGUGACACUGGGUGGUGAUGGCACGAUUCUACAUGCAGCGUCCCUCUUCGCGACCUGCUCAAAUGUUCCGCCCGUUCUAUCAUUCAGCAUGGGUACAUUGGGCUUUUUGAGUGAAUGGAAGUUCUCCGAGUUUAAGCGAGCUUUCCGAGAAGUCUACAUGUCUGGAGCCGGGGCGGGAGAUCGAACGCCUGUGUUGGAAGAAAUCCCGGGAGCAGCACCCACAAAACAGGAAACUCAGAUGGGUCCGACCGGGUGGUCCUCCGUCCGGGGCAAAUCAAUGGGAUCUACGCGCGGGGCCCGCAUUCUGAUGCGCAAUCGAUUGAAAGUAGGAUUGUUUACCGCCGACGGAACCGAAACCACACCUAUCCGGACCAAGACCGACCAGGGCCAGGGUGUAUAUGUGAUGAAUGAGCUCCUCAUCCACCGUGGCAAGGAACCCCACCUGGCUGUGGUGGAUGUGUUUGUGGGUGGGCGGUUCCUGACCGAGGCUGUGGCAGAUGGAAUUAUAAUUUCCACGCCGACGGGAAGUACAGCCUACAGCCUGAGUAGUGGGGGUAGUAUUGUACAUCCACUAGUCCCGUCCAUCCUUUUGACACCGAUUUGCCCGCGUAGCCUCAGCUUCCGGCCAUUGGUUCUCCCUUCCAGUACCCCGAUCACGCUGCGGCUAAGCGAAAAGAACCGUGGGCGUGAACUCGAAGUUAGUCUGGAUGGUGUUAAUUUAGGUCAAGGGAUGGCAGUUGGUAUGGAAGUCCGAGUUUGGAAUGAGGAGAUGCGUCAUGGGAAGAAUGAGUGGCAAGGUGGUGUACCCAGUGUGAUGCGACGGAGUGUGGGAUGUGAAGCCCACGAGGGAUGGCCGGUCUGGAAGGCCUCAGGAGGUCUCGGCGCAUUCGUUUACAACCAUCCCCACCCUCCGAGCCGCCCCCCUGCGCGACCUCAACAUGUACGCGCCGGAGCAGUUCAUGAAUCCGGGGCCAGCCCCCGGCCCCCUACCGAUCGGCCCCCCAAGUUGACUCUACCCACCAACAGCACAACCUCCUCCUUUAGUCAGAUGAGCUUGGACUCUCCGAUCACACCGGGUCCAUCCUCGGCCAAUCUUUCGCUUUUCCCCAACACCACCAACCCUUCGCUGGCUACGACCCGAAGUAAUACUAGCCAAAAUGGAAUCUCGAUCAUCAAAGAAGGCACCGUCCGCUGCAAAGAAGACAAAUUCUUGGCAACCUGGAAUACUCGUUACUUGAUCCUACGUGAAUACAAACUCGAAUUUUUAAAGAGUGACUCUGGCAAGGUAGUGAUUACCUUCCCUUUAUCCUCGGUCACCGCUGUCGCUCGCUCCGAGGAUUCCAAGAUGGCCUUCGAGGUCACUCGCUUGGCCAACCCCAAGGAUGCAAACUCCAAAGCCACGCUCCUUGCCCGUGACCUACCUACCAAGACCAUUACCUGCGAGGUCAAAUCCGACGAUGAGAUCUAUGAGUGGAUCGACAAGAUCUAUGAGCGCUGCCCUGGAAUGGGCGGCGUCAGCAACCCGACAAACUUCAGUCACCGUGUUCACGUCGGCUUCGACCCGAAUACCGGCGCUUUUGUCGGCCUGCCUCCAGAGUGGGAGAAGCUUUUGACGUCCUCCGCCAUCACCAAAGAAGACUACAAGAAGAACCCCCAGGCUGUCAUUGAGGUUCUUGAAUUUUACUCGGAUAUCAAGAUGCGCGAGCAGAAUCCCCAAUAUUACGCUGGAAUUAACUCCCCGCCCAAUGGUAAUGGUCAACCCAAGGCAUACGGUAAUAGUGUUGGGAGCUCCAUUGCACCCCCGCGUCCUCCCCCGCCAGGACCUAUGCAGCGCCUUGAUAGCAGUCAGUCGAAACCGUCUGACGGUUCUAUGCGCUCUGCGUCAUCCUCGAUUGGGCAGGCGGACCGUGCUGCAGACCACCAGCAGCAAGUGGAACGGAUGAAGGAAUUGGCUGACCAAGAGCGUCGCCGUGUGGAGGAGGAACGUCGCAACAAGGAGGAGCAAGAUGCUUACAACGCAUCCAUCCCGCAGGCCCGUCCUAAUAUGGCUCAGCAGGAGCUUGGUGGAUAUGGUGGCGACGAGCCCUCACAGAAUAGCCGCUACCAACCAAGCCGCCCGGCCCCUCAGGCUCCAGGCUCUGCUACUCGCCAGCAAGACCCCCGGCAGCUCACCGCACAGCGUCCCGCACCGGCGCCACCGUCACAGAGUCCCUACGGCCAAACCGCGCCCCGAGCACCCGGUGCUCCCAGAGCUGAUGACCGCCAGGGCUCCCCAAGCUCCCGCUAUCCUCCCAAUGACCCUCGGGCCCCAGGCUCCGCGAACCGUCCUCAGCAAAACGGAUCCAAGGGACAGGCUGGGCCCCCUCCAACACGCCUGCCGGCCCCCGUUCAAGCUGUGAAACCGUUGAACAUCGCCAACAAGCAGAACGGGACCAAGCAGGCCGUCCCCGAUGGCGUUCGUCAAGCUGAAGCUGCUCUUACCAAGAAGGCAGAUCAGCCGCGCCAGAAGGAGGUACGCAUGUCAGCCAUGUCAGAGACCGAGGUCAUGGAGCGACUGAGGUCUGUCGUAUCUAAGGACAACCCAAACGAGUCUUACAGCAAACAGCGCAAGAUUGGUCAGGGUGCGUCUGGGUCCGUGUAUGUGGCGCGGGUUAAGGAAAGCGCACCUUCAGGUGUUGCGCACGAGCUUUACCGGACGUACGGCCCACGCUGCCAGGUGGCCAUCAAGCAGAUGGACCUGCGCAGUCAGCCCCGCAAGGAAUUGAUUGUCAACGAGAUUAUUGUCAUGAAGGACAGCCAGCACCCGAAUAUUGUCAACUUCCUCGACUCAUUCUUGCAGGAAUCAAGCAAUGAACUCUGGGUCGUCAUGGAGUUCAUGGAGGGUGGCGCGUUGACUGAUGUGAUUGAUAAUAACCCAGUAAUUACUGAAGGUCAGAUCGCGACAAUUUGUGCUGAGACUUGCAAGGGUCUGGCUCACCUUCACAACCAGAGCAUCAUCCACCGUGAUAUCAAGAGUGACAACGUCCUCCUCGACCGUGUUGGCCACGUCAAGAUCACUGAUUUCGGCUUUUGCGCCAAGCUAACCGAACACAAGAACAAGCGCGCUACCAUGGUCGGCACCCCUUACUGGAUGGCACCCGAGGUAGUCAAGCAGAAGGAGUAUGGCCCCAAGGUUGACUGCUGGUCGCUGGGUAUUAUGGCCAUCGAAAUGAUCGAGUCGGAGCCCCCCUACCUAAACGAAGAGCCCCUCAAAGCCCUCUACCUUAUUGCCACCAACGGAACCCCUCGUCUCAAGAAGCCCGAGAAACUCAGCAAGGAGCUUAAGGCUUUCCUGAGUGUCUGCCUCUGUGUCAAUGUUCACAGCCGCGCUUCUGCCGACGAGCUCCUCGCCCACGAAUUCCUGCAGACUGGAUGCAGCCUGGCUAGUCUGGCCGAGCUGCUCCGCUGGAAGAAGGCUACCAGCUAG